GGCUCGUGGAGUCACAAGGACAAGACAUAUGGGCAAGAUGUGGCCAGCGCAAUCUAGCUACUACAUGGUGUAGGCACCAAGUGAAGAUACGGAUUGAGAGCUAAAUCCGUGUAACUCCGCAGUAGCUAAACGAUAGCUUCCGUCAGUUAGCCGGCACUAAUGACGAUCAGGAAAUCGUUCAGAAGUGCAGAAAGAAGUAAGUGACAUCAUAGACCUUCCAAAGGCAUCUUCGCGUUGCGGGACGGGGAGAUUGAAACCCAGACCCCGCGGUCUGUUAAAGCACGCUCGGCCCUUGUUAAGCGCGACCACAUUGAUACAAGGAAGUUAAAAGCGGAGGAGCGCUCUCAACGUCAACGGGCUUCCCUCUCGUCCGCUCCGACAUCACUCACAAAUACUACAAGACAAUCACCAUGGCAGGCAUCGUCCGUUUCCUCAAUUCCCAGCUUUUCGUCACACCUGUAAAGCCCAGCGGUGAUCUUACUGGAAAGACUGUUAUCGUCACGGGCUCCAACGUCGGUCUUGGAAAAGAGGCCGCGCGUCACUUCACUCAGCUCAAUGCUUCGACUGUGAUUCUUGCCGUGCGCUCCAUCGAGAAGGGUGAAGCGGCGCGUAAGGAUAUUGAAUCGACAACAGGCCGCAACGAUGUAGUCAGAGUCAUGCAACUGGACAUGUCGUCCUACCAAUCAGUUCUCGAUUUCGCCGAAAAAGCUAGCAAAGAGUUGGAACGAGUGGAUAUUGCAGUUUUGAACGCCGGCGUGAACCGCGGCGUCUGGGAGGUCUUCGAACAAGACGAAUCAACCAUCACCGUGAACGUGGUGUCUACAUUCCUGCUGGCUUUCGCUUUAUUACCUAAGCUCAAGGAAACGGCGAACAAGUUCAACGUUAGACCCACACUUACCAUUGUCAGCUCCGAGGUGCAUGAGUGGACACCGUUCGAUGAGAGGAAUGCACCCGAGGGUAAACUCUUCGAGAGAUUGAAUGAGAAGGUUGUCGAUGGAAAGGAAGUUGGACUCGGCAAUCGAUACCAGGUCAGCAAGCUCAUGGAAGUACUAUUCGUCCGCGCAUUCUGCGAGCGAUACCCGGAAUCGAAUAUUCCAGUGACGGUGAAUCUCGUUAACCCUGGCUUCUGCCACUCCGAAUUUGGUCGGGAAGGUCCAGGGUUUCUCGCCGUCAUGCGCUUUUUCCUCGCACGUACGACGGAAGUGGGAUCAAGAACUCUUGUGCACGCCGGUACUUCAGGCGUCGAGACCCAUGGAAAGUAUCUCAGCGACUGCGAGAUUACUGAACCGAGCGCUUUCGUGCGAAGCGAUGACGGAAAGAAGGGUCAAGAGAAGGUUUGGAAAGAGUUGGUGGAGAAACUUGAGGGUAUCAAGACUGGAAUCACAAAGAGCUUCUAACGAGGUGAUGUAAACUCAGAAUCGUAAUUAAACGAAACAUCCUGUGGAAGAACCAUUGACAUGAUAAUCAAAGUAGUAUAGUAAUUGCCUU